AUGGACAGGCAUGACGAAACAUCCGCCAGCGGCCAGUUCAGCUAUGGUGCCGCCAGAAUGAAACCCCAAGAACAGGCAAUCGUGAAAGAAAACACGCCAAUUUCAUCGAAAACUGGUGCACCUGGGCAAAAUCUUCACGACAACAACAUUGACCCACCUGCACAAACAAGUAAACCUUUUGAUGUGUUUAAGGAUAUCUACGGGGUAGAUCGUGCGGCACGUUCCUCAACCUCAGAUUCUCCCGGCCAGCAUCGACGCAAUGAUUCCAUCAUCACUUCGCCUCUUACCCACCCGAAUGGUAUCUCUAUGUUCCCGGGCCUGUCAGUCACGGAGCAAGAAGCCAUGUCUCGACAAGCGGUUGCUCAAGCUGAAGAGAACAUUGUUGCCGACAGCGACGAGUAUAGCUCCAUAGGCGAUGCUGGGUCCGAUGCUGGAUACGGAAGCGACGGCAUGAGCUCUGCAAGUACUUCCAUUGGAUCAUCUGUCCGGGACUACAUGUUCGAGAAUGGCCGUCGUUACCAUAGCUUCCGGGCCGGAGCCUACAACUUCCCCAACGACGACGUUGAACAGGAAAGAGAAGACAUGAAGCAUGCCAUGGUGAGAUUACUAUCUGGCCAGAAGCUUCAUUUUGCGCCCUUGGGCGACAGUACACAGACUGUGCUUGAUAUUGGGACCGGAACAGGAAUAUGGGCUAUUGAGAUGGGCGAGCAAUUUCCGAGCGCCAACGUUCUCGGUAUCGAUCUUUCACCUAUCCAACCCACCUGGCUACCACCUAAUGUGCACUUCAUGGUCGACGAUGUAGAAUCUACGUGGCUUUACCCCCAAGAUCAUUUUGACUAUAUCCACUCUCGCCAUACAGUACAGGCGAUCAGAGACUGGCCUCAGCUCUUUGGUAAUGCGCUGCAGCAUAUAAAACCUGGAGGUUGGAUGGAGCUCCAGGAAAUCCAUCACUACCCGCACAAUGCAAGAACAGGCGUGGCUGUCCCACCGAGCGAGCAUCCAGUCGCACAAUACUGGGCAUACAUUGAAGAAGGACUCGCCGCACUCGGUGUUGACUUUCCUGCCGCAGCGGGAGGCAAAUUGGCUGCCAAGAUGCAAGCAGCUGGCUUCAUCAAUGUCACAGAGCGGAUAUUUCACGUCCCCCUUGGCACCUGGCCUAAAAACCAAGUUCUCAAGACGGUUGGGCUCUACUGGCGGACCAUAUUGACGGACGGAUUGCAGGCAAUUGCCUUGGGUCCCAUGACAAGAGGCAUGGGAUGGAGCCGUGAGCAAAUUGAGGUGUUCCUUAUCAGUGUGCGAAGGGCGUACGCGGACAACAGAGCGCUUCUGUAUAUGCCUAUGCACAUUGUGUAUGGGCAAAAGCCAUACUAA